AUGUCGCUGAGGCUCUCAGUUAGUAAUCAUUUAAGUAAACAGUUUUGUGACCACUGCCGGAAACUUCGUAGUGACCAAGGUCUGGCGCUCCGGAUUGUGCACCGGCACAGUUCCUGCUGGACUACCUCGCGGUCUCGUCUCGAGUGGAGUUCGCCGGGCCGCUUCGACAGUCGCCCAUUAGCGCCCCCAGGUGGAGAGGGCCCACCGCAAUUGGGCAACGCGUCGGCGGCCCCUUCCUGGACUGACGCAACGCGCGCUGGAGGAAAGCUAACGAGCGUGGUUCCGGUGCGCUCGGCCGUGCCAUCCGCGCCGUGGACUCUCCAGACAGAGGCUCCAGUGUGUGUGAGGGAGAGAGCUGCAGGCGGCCGCCGGGUGCUUGGCACCAGCCGGGCUAUAAAGGGGCUCUCCAGCGCUGGAGGGACACACUCCAGCACGGGCCGCACUCCGCAGACCAGCUCGGCCGCUCGACCAAUCCAACACCCAACCAUGAACGGUCUCUUCGCACUGACCCUGGUCUCGACGCUGGUGGCGGCGUGCAGCGGCGGCCUGCUGAACCACGGUGGGCACUAUGGCGGCGCCACGUCGUACCAGAACGUGCACAUCGAGAGCCACGGCUCAGUGCCUGUGCCCGUGGCGUCUGGACACCACGGAGGUUUCGGCGGCGGACACGGCAUCGCUCUGGCUGACGGAGGUCACCACGGCCUGGAGCUGGGAGCUGGACUUCUCCAGCACGAUGGAGGCCUGGGCUUGGCAGCCAUCGGCGGCGGACACGACUUUGGAGGACACCUGGAAGGCGGCUUCGACGGCGGCUACGGAGGCGGUCUCCACCACUAACCCUCUCACAGACCAGCCCUACAUCACUAGACAUCAACUGCCCUCACCAACACGUAUUCCCAGCCCUCGACUGCUAGUUGUGCACUUCUGUGACCAACGUCGUCACCACACCAUUCACCUUUCAUCCACAUCCAAACUUCUAUUCAGUUCAUGAUUCAUCAACCUAAGCGACACGGCCUUCUCGUCGCAUCACAUGCAAGCACUAAACAUUCCUUUCGUCUCCCAUUGUUCAUUACAUCCGACGUGUCUUGGCUGCACUGUGCCAAGAACGUACACCUCUCCCAUCUGAUGUAGCAAACUUAUGGUUAAGCCACUCGAGCAUCAACGUAUUCACCAACUGGCUUCAAUUCCAUAACUGGUGUGAGGAUGCCCAAAAACAGUAUUAUCAUUUUGUAUUGAAGAUUUGUAGAAAAAAAUAGUAAUAAAAAUCUUUUAUGUCCAGA